AUGAUUUUCCUACAGGUAGUUCCAAACAAGAGCCAAAAAUCGGUACCCCGUGAACUAACUAGGGCAGUGGUUGCCUUCUAUGCAUACAUGUCUGCUAACCUACCCAGUGAUGUAGCAGCUCCUCAUCAUGUGCUUAUUUUUGACCACGUGAGAACGAAUAUUGGUAAUGGAUAUCAUUCUUCUACAGGGGUGUUCAUAGUCCCAGAGACAGGGGUCUAUGUAUUUAUAUGGAGUUUUAGAAAUGGCGAUGAUGGAGCUCACUCCUCACAGCUCAUGAUUAAUUCAGAGGAGUGGGGAAUAACACACAGUAACACUGCCGUAAACGCUUGGAGCCAGUCCACGGGUUGUGUAGUAGCCCAUGUAAAUAAGGGAGAUGACGUUUUCGUGAAAACAUCAGGUUAUAGCAUUGGAUAUAUUUAUAGUAAUUUUAAUGGUAGAACCUCAUUCUCCGGAUGGAAAAUUGGUUAA